CUUAAUCCUUAGGGUCUGAAAAAGAACCCUAGUAUUAUUACUAGCAUUUUUCCUCAAGCUCUUUACCAGUGUAAGCAUACAUUACUCUAGUGCAAAAACUCUCUUUCUCCUCUCUUCAGGGUUUUUGGAAUUAUGGAAAUUGGGGUUUAUGGAAAAACUAUGACGUCUUCUGAGAUGGAAAUUAUGAUGUUACAAACCAAUAUUCUUGCUGGAAAAUCUCUUGCUUGCUUAAUUCUAACGGCAGGAUCACUUUUGGGGGUUGUCAAUGAGCUUUCUGGUUUGACUUUUAUUGAGAAGAGGUUCCCGAUUGAUGAACUCCGCAAAACAGAACAGCCUGGUCCCGAGAACAAAGAUGGUAGUGACACAGAGGAUGAUGAUGAAGAUGAAGACGGUGUAGAAGAUCAGGAUGAUGACGACGAUGAGGAUUUCUCUGGAGGAGAAGGUGGAGAUGAUGAUGAUGAUGAUGACGAUGAGGGGGACCCAGAGGAAGCGGAGGCAAAUGGUGCUGAUGGGGGAAGUGAUGAAGACGAUGAUGACAAUGAGGAUGGAGAUGAAGAUGAAGAUGACGAUGAUGGUGAGGAAGAAGACGAGGAAGAGGAGGAAGAAGAUGACCAACCUCCUACAAAGAAGAGAAAAUAAGGCAUAUUUAACAGUUUCAAGUCUAUGAUUAGGGCUUUUAUAUGGUUGGUACUUGGGUUACACACAGAAACAUUGGUAGUUCUAAUGUGCACUCAUUGGUGUGCUAAACAAAAAUGUGAAAUGGUGAAUUAUUCUUGAUUUGAAUGUUUCCUUUUCAACUAAA